GAAGAUAUCAAUUGUCAAAUUCAAACUUCUAAAAUUUUCAUCCCGAAAAACUGUGGUAAAAACCUUACGUAAUUUAUUGUAGUUUUUGUAUUAUUUUAGGAGUUUAACUUAUAAAUAUAUAAUGGGAAAAGCUACCGAUACUGGGGGUGUGAAACCCAUGAGUAUAAUCGGUCGUAUUGGUAGCGAGAGGGAACGAUUAUUGGGAAUGACCGAUGCAGAACGAGCCUGGCGUAGACAAUGGCUUAAAGAUCAAGAAUUAUCUGCUAACGAACCCAGAACUCUACCGGAAAUGUACAAAGCCACCCACAAUCCAAUAAGACGCUUCUAUCGGUGGCCUUUGGAUCAGUUCGGUAAAUUUUUAACACCUAUUGUAGGUGCCAACCAUGCCGAAUUUAUUAGAUACGCGACUGGGAAAGUUGUACUGGGUACUUUCCUUGUGUAUGCAACAUACUACUUUUUCAAAUACCAUAAAAGGGAUUGGACAAGGAAAUCAGGUUGGAAAUUAGUUGAGUCACGUGGAGUUAUAUUACCAGGAGAUCCGGGUUAUCCUUACACACCAACAAAAACUAAAGGAGCUGAUUAUAUUCAGAGAGGAUUUCAGGAAGUCGAGCACUUGAACUUGUAACUUUACAGCUAGCAGAUUAUAUUAUCUUAUAAGUAAUGUAUUAUAGUAGUAAAAUUUGGUUUAAUAGAAAUAUUAAAGCAAAAAUAUCAAGU